AUUUCAGGAGCCCUGUCUUGUGUGGGAUGACAAUUAGCCAAAGAUUAUUUCUCUUUAUUCAGAAGCAUAAAGUUGUUUGCUGAUUGCAAGAAGAUGUUUCUUUGGCUCUUUCUGAUUUUGUCAGCCCUGCUUUCAUCGACAACUGCAGAUUCUGAUAUAUCGGUGGAAAUUUGCAAUGUGUGUUCCUGCGUAUCAGUUGAGAAUGUUCUCUAUGUGAACUGUGAGAAGGUUUCAGUCUACAGACCCAAUCAACUGAAACCCCCAUGGUCUAAUUUCUAUCACCUCAAUUUCCAGAACAAUUUUUUAAAUAUCCUUUAUCCAAAUACAUUCUUGAAUUUUUCACAUGCAGUAUCCCUGCAUCUGGGAAAUAAUAAACUGCAGAACAUUGAGGGAGGAGCCUUUCUCGGGCUCAGUGCAUUAAAGCAGUUACACUUGAACAACAAUGAAUUAAAGAUUCUCCGAGCUGACACUUUCCUUGGCAUAGAGAACUUGGAGUAUCUCCAGGCUGACUACAAUUUAAUCAAGUAUAUUGAACGAGGAGCCUUCAAUAAGCUCCACAAACUGAAAGUUCUCAUUCUUAAUGACAAUCUGAUUUCGUUCCUUCCUGAUAAUAUUUUCCGAUUCGCAUCUUUGACCCACCUGGAUAUACGAGGGAACAGAAUCCAGAAGCUCCCUUAUAUUGGAGUUCUGGAACACAUUGGCAGGGUUGUUGAAUUGCAACUGGAAGAUAACCCUUGGAACUGCAGCUGUGAUUUGUUGCCUCUAAAGGCUUGGCUGGAGAAUAUGCCAUAUAACAUUUACAUAGGAGAAGCUAUCUGUGAAACUCCCAGUGACUUAUAUGGAAGGCUUUUAAAAGAAACCAACAAACAAGAAUUAUGUCCUAUGGGCACAGGCAGUGAUUUUGAUGUGCGCAUUCUGCCUCCAUCUCAGCUGGAAAAUGGCUACACCACUCCCAAUGGUCACACUACUCAAACAUCCUUGCACAGACUUGUGACCAAACCACCGAAAACAACCAAUCCUUCCAAGAUCUCUGGAAUCGUGGCAGGCAAAGCCCUCUCUAAUCGUAAUCUCAGUCAGAUUGUGUCCUAUCAAACAAGAGUGCCUCCUCUUACACCAUGCCCAGCACCUUGCUUUUGCAAAACACAUCCUUCAGAUUUGGGGCUGAGUGUGAACUGCCAAGAGAAAAAUAUACAGUCCAUGUCUGAGCUGACACCAAAACCUUUAAAUGCCAAGAAGUUGCAUGUCAAUGGCAAUAGCAUCAAAGAUGUGGACAUUUCAGACUUCUCAGAGUUUGAAGGGCUGGAUUUGCUCCAUUUAGGCAGCAAUCAGAUUACGGUGAUCAAAGGAGAUGUAUUCCACAAUCUUACUAAUUUACGCAGGCUGUAUCUCAAUGGCAAUCAAAUCGAAAGGCUGUAUCCUGAGAUAUUUUCAGGCCUUCAUAACCUGCAGUAUCUGUAUUUGGAAUACAAUUUGAUUAAGGAAAUCUUAGCAGGCACCUUUGACUCCAUGCCCAAUUUGCAGUUACUGUAUUUAAACAAUAAUCUCUUGAAGAGCCUGCCUGUUUACAUUUUUUCUGGAGCACCUCUUGCUAGACUGAACCUGAGAAACAACAAAUUCAUGUACCUGCCUGUCAGUGGAGUUCUUGAUCAGCUGCAGUCUCUUACACAGAUUGACUUGGAGGGCAACCCAUGGGACUGUACUUGUGACUUGGUGGCAUUAAAGCUGUGGCUGGAAAAGUUAAAUGACGGGAUUGUUGUGAAGGAACUGAAAUGUGAGACACCUGUUCAGUUUGCCAGCAUCGAACUGAAGUCCCUCAAAAAUGAAAUCUUAUGUCCUAAACUUCUAAAUAAGCCAUCUGCACCAUUCACAAGCCCUGCACCUGCUAUUACAUUCACCACCCCAUUGGGUCCCAUUCGAAGUCCUCCUGGGGGGCCAGUGCCUCUGUCUAUUUUAAUCUUGAGUAUUCUAGUGGUUCUCAUUUUAACUGUGUUUGUCGCUUUUUGCCUUCUUGUUUUUGUGCUACGACGCAACAAGAAACCCACAGUGAAGCACGAAGGUCUGGGAAAUUCUGAAUGUGGCUCUAUGCAACUGCAGCUAAGGAAGCACGACCACAAAACCAAUAAAAAAGAUGGACUGAGCACAGAAGCCUUCAUCCCACAAACCAUAGAACAGAUGAGCAAGAGCCACACCUGUGGGUUGAAAGAGUCUGAAACUGGGUUCAUGUUUUCAGAUCCUGCAGGACAGAAAGUCAUGAUGAGAAAUGCUGCUGACAAAGAGAAGGAUUUAUUACACGUGGAUACCAGGAAGAGACUGAGCACAAUUGAUGAACUGGAUGAAUUAUUCCCGAGCAGGGAUUCCAACGUGUUUAUUCAGAAUUUUCUUGAAAGCAAGAAGGAGUAUAAUAGCAUAGGUGUCAGUGGCUUCGAGAUCCGCUAUCCAGAAAAACAACAAGAUAAAAAAAACAAGAAGUCCCUGAUAGGCGGAAACCACAGUAAAAUUGUUGUGGAGCAGAGGAAGAGUGAGUAUUUCGAACUGAAGGCAAAACUUCAGAGUUCCCCUGACUACCUACAGGUCCUUGAGGAGCAAACGGCAUUGAACAAGAUCUAGGUCAUGCAUUCUAACUUCAUACAGAGGACAUUUAUUUAAUGAUGAAAGUGCCUUUUGUUGACUUCUAACUCCCAAAUACUAUAUUAUCAAUAGGCAUAGAGGCAGGUGUUUCCAAGGUUGUCUCAUUAACUGUAGCUGCAAAGAUGUAUCAAGUAGAAGAGAAUUUCCUUAAUAGAUUUUACUACAGAAAACCUAUACUGUGGAGUCCUGUGGGGAUACUGCAAAUUCUAUUGCCAAAGGGAUGCUUUAUACACAUAAUACACUGAAUUUAACCUCAAGAGGCAAAUUCGUUUUGUACCCCAAUACAAAACCUUCGUCUCUUUGUGCUUUGUGAAGCAAGCUCAAGAAAACUGGUACCAGUGUUUGUACUUCAACUGGGUCCUUCAUCUUGCACGUAGAUUAAGUUGGUGGAACUGGAAUAAUCCUUUUGAUUUGUGGCAUUGUAACAACUCUGUGUAAAGAUUAUCUGAAAAGU